GUGGGCGGUGCUUGGCGGCUCGCAGCGGCCAAUCGCAGGCCUGGCUGUUCGGUGUCGAACAGCUGAUCGAUGAGUCAGGGGGCGAGAGCAGCCGAAAAGGUCCCACUUGUUGCUGAGCAGCAGCGGCACGAGCUUCAGCUAACGGAGGGACAGACGGAGGGAGGGACAGACGGACGGAGACAUAUCGAUCCAUCUUCGCUUCACGUCCUCCAACCUGUCGGCAGACACCGGCCGGCUCCCCUGCAGCCUCCACGGCCGCUCCCGUGCUGACACACCGCUCCGCUGCCUCGUCCGCGGCUCUCAGGAAGUCUGGUUUGAUGUCUGCGUCCGUCCUGAAUGCAUCGCUGUGUGGACGCGUCAGUCUGGUCUGUGGCCUCCUCCUCCUGGCCUUCUCACCGCUCCUCACGGCAGGCCGACUGAGUAACUGCAGUCACCCCCUGGUGCCGGAACAUGGAGGUUUCCGAUGUGACCCGUCGCCGUGUCGAGGUUUCCCCCACAAGAGCGCCAUCCACUUCUUCUGUGAGCCGGGAUAUCACCUCAGCAGCAAGCUGCGGGUCUCCCGGUGCCGCCACGGGCGCUGGCAGCCUCCGAUCCCCGCCUGCAUCCCCAUCAGAGAAGGUCCCAACAUGAACUCUGACGACCGAGUGAACGACUCGAUGCCCAGCAUGGCCACGACGGCGGUGGGCGUGUCCAUCUUCCUGCUCACCACCACCGCCUGCCUGGUGGUUAAGUCCCGCCUCUACCCCUGUCAAUCACACAGCAGCCGUCGGUCUUCAGACCAGCUGGACCUGAUGGUGGACGGACUUCCUGUCUCCCUGCCCUCCUACGAGGAGGCGGUGUACGGCAGCUGGGGGCAGCGCCUGCCCCCCUGCUCGGCCCCGGGGCCCACCCAGCUCCUAUUGGCUCAGGAGGCUCCCGGCAGUCACACGGCGUCUCUCAACCACCAACCGGACGGCAGUCGCCGCCCCCUCCUCCUGUCCAGCCCCGACAACCCCCCGCCCCCCUACGAGGAGGUCCAGUCGUCACACGCCAGAGACAGGACGAGGGACGCGGACAAGGACACCUGACUGCCGGACCGCGGCGUUCAUACGGGACCACAGGACGGGGUUUGAUUGACAGCUGCAGUCUUCACUCUGCAGAUAAUGAAACGAAAACACAGACUGACAGCAGACUUCUGCACUUCUCCUGGUUGGCCGCAGCUCACCAGCAUCAGGACAGUCGGUCCAAUCACACGCUUGUUUAGACGAAGCCGAUGAGCUCUGAUUGGCCAGAUGUUAGAUCACAAAGACCUGACUGAUGAGGCUGUUUCUACACGGAACAGUGAUUGUAAAGUGCGUUGAAUGAAUGUAAGUGACAGAGAAGGGAGUUUACGUGCUGUCUGGUGAAAACCUUUAUAACCUGAAUGCCUUUUUUUGUGAUAAAUAUAUAUAUAUUUAACUGUUUAAACAAUAAGAUAUAUAAAGUAAAAAAAAAAAAAAAAAUCAUCACACAAACUGGAAUAAUGAGGUUUUCACAGGACAACCGUCGCAUAAAGUGUUGGUGUGUGGGGGUGUGUGUGUGUGUGUGUGUGUGUGUGUGUGUGUGUGUGUGUGUAUGUGUUGCUCUGGAGACGUCGCCCAUCCUUUCCCGUCAGUGACGGGCCAGAUCGCGCUGUUGCAGAAACCCUUGUGUGUUUCCAAGGCAACAAACUCUACUCCACUUCUGUCUCGUUCUGCCUUUUGUGCAGCGUUUCCUUCGGUGGUGUUGAUCUGAAGCCAGCGUGGUGCGCAGCAGUGGUGGAAAGAGUAUUCAGAUUUUUAUCUUUUAUAUGAUAUUCAAUGAGAUCAUCAUGCUUUCCUGGGAGAACCACGUAUCUCUAAAAAAGUUUUUCAAGUUUUCAUGGUGUCAGAUGAACAGCCCUGUUCUCAGCUUUGUGACGAUGCAUUUUCCAGCUGAUCCGAGAGGCUUUUUAAAGACUGUAAUUAGCUUUAAGAAGUAGGAGAACUUUCACAUAGAUACAGACAAAUAGAGGAAACACUUCAUCCUUUAGUGUCUCACAAACACUCAACAGCAACACAUCUGGAGAUACGUGGUUUUCACUGGACAGGGAGAGGAUGAAAAACUGUCAUCUGAAAAGUAAAUGAAGCUGUUAGACGAGUAAAAAGUAAAAAGUACAAUAUUUACCUCCUGAGAUGUAGUGGAAAAGCAAAAAGUUGCAAUAAAUUCUACAAGUAAAGUACAAGUAAAGUACCUCAAAUCUGUUGCAUUCCCCCACUGGUGCGCACUGUAACUCUGGUAACCCGGGAUGACAAAUAACACGUCGUGAUAUAGAUUGUGUGUGUGUGCAUUAUAUUUAAAGACUUGAAAAAGCUCAGAAGCCACGCGGUGUUUCACAUAAUAGUUUUAUGAAUUUGAAUGUACAGUGAAAGGAAUCUGAAACGACGUGUACAUUAAUUUACCCUGGUGGCGGCGGUGCUUUGAAACCUUUUCAUCCCACAACCUGCAAAAAAAAUUAAAACAAAAAACAAAAAACGCCCACAGACGUUGGACCAAAAAAACCCCGUGAACCAAUCAAACGGUGUCCUCACGUCAGCCGGCCGGCCCCCUCUCGCGAUGCCUUCACAGACCUUGAAUGUAAUUUAUGUUUUUUGUUUUGUGGCAACAAAUCUUGACUAUUAAUAUGGAAUUGUAAUAUUUACAGGAAGAUUAUUUGUACAUUGUAUUAUUGCACAAGAUUAUAUGGAUAAAUAAAUGUUGAGGUGUUUGACAUAA